UUGGGUCUCGACGCUGUACCUUGAAUGUUGCCUCCGCGAUAAAAGUUACCCGCGCGAGUCGGGAUGCGUUGGGCUUUCUUUUCCUCUUUGUCUGCCCAGGCUUCACCGCGAGCCACCCUUUCCCUUGAGGCCUAGCUUCGUCGUCGCUCUUUACAUCCUACAUCCUCUCCUGCUCCUGAAAUCCAAGACUACGAUGCGCUCUGUAUUUCUCGCUUUUCUGGUGGUGUUCUUCGCGACCGGUGUGGUUGCUCAUGUUGCGCGCGUCUCGCGCCGGGAGGAGCUCACGCUCAACCCGACGAACGUCCAUGUCAAGUAUCUGGCGCAUGCGACGCGCACGCUGACGAACGCGCAGCGCCUCGCACGCGGACUUACCCCUGCGCGCCCCAAGUUCCGCUCCAAUCGGCGUCUCGCAAACCGUGGGCUGCCCUCGCAGACUCCGACGACGACUAGCACGCCUUCCCUACCUACGCCUCCGACCUCGAGUGCUUCCCCGGCUAGCAGCACGGACACCGCCGCCAGCACUAGCGCCGACACCACGACCAUUAGCACCGGCACCACCAGCGCCAGCACCGAUACUACCAGCACUGCGACCGCUGCGACCACCAGCGCUGCCCCGACACCCUCGUGCACUGCUUACGUUGGUCUGCUCCAAGUAUCCGGUGGGUCGUACACCGGCCAGUACAUUUCCUCCGAGUCGAACAAUUUCGGCGAGUACACGACGACCGGCGACUCUUCGAAGGCUCUGCAGGUGCAGUACCAGGAAUGCGCCAAUGAAAUCAGCUAUACCUCUAUCAACCUCAGGACGCUUAACGGGUUAUCGGACUACACCAACCUCGCGGCUAUCGUCGGGUUCGCAAAUAUCAACUCUAACCUGGCAGUCGGCUCGUACAACUACGCAUAUAUCGGCGGAAGCCAGGGUGAAUCCUCGCCGAACGCUCCGGCCCAAAGUGGCGCCAACUCCUUCACCGCCGCGUCGGGCACUGUCAAGCCAUUUGAGAGCGACAUCUGGACGAUCGACCCGUCCACGAGCGUGGUCACCGCGCAGUGGGUCAACACUGAUGGAAGCAAGCCGACCACCUACAUCGUGAUCUCCGACGGUGUCAUUCUUCUCACCGCCGACGUUACCCGCUUCGCAAUGACGUACGGGGCCACAACUAGCUUGACCGUGAAGUUUGUUCACCAGUCGACCUCCGCCGUGCCCGUGACGACGAUUGUCUAGAGAAGACUCGCGUGAAUUCACAGGAACAACCCUGUCUCGACACUAAUAGAUUGUUAUGACUGUUGAGGCUCUCGAACCGUGUAGUCACCGUAGCUCAUGUUUGACAACGGACUUCUAGACUUCAUUCCUGACAAUGGGAGCGUCACGGUUACUCGAUACCAGCUUAGAGCUUAACCUUAUGUGUCCAUGUUGCAAUGAUCUGAACGUUCAGCGCUCGCGCUCAGCUGCGUCCCUUGCUCUCCCGGUCCGAGCAACUUGAAGGCUCUCGCACUCCGAAAUGAACGCUACCCCCUUCGACGGCUGUUGAUUGUUGAUAAUAUGACUUGCCAUAUGUACCAGUCUUGGUGU